CCCCUUUUCCUCCCGCGGCGGCCCCGCAGGCAGCGGCUGGGGGCGGCGGGGUAGCGCUGCACCCCCCGAUCCCGCCCCACCGCGCCCCUAUCCCACCCCCCCGGGGCACGGGAGGGCUGUGCCGAGCCGGGCCGAGCCGAGCCGUGCCGGCGGGCGGGCGGUGAGGCGCGGCUGGCGGCGCAGGAGGCCGGGGCCAUGGCGCUGGACGGGAUCCGCAUGCCGGACGGCUGCUACGCCGAUGGGACGUGGGAGCUGAGCGUCCAUGUCACCGACCUGGGCCGAGACGUCACCCUGAGGGUCACCGGCGAGAUCCACAUCGGCGGCGUCAUGCUGCGCCUCGUCGAGAAGCUCGAUGUCAAGAAAGACUGGUCAGAUCAUGCACUGUGGUGGGAAAAGAAGAAAACUUGGCUCCUUAAAACGCACUGGACGUUGGACAAAUAUGGGAUACAGGCUGAUGCCAAGCUCCAGUUCACACCUCAGCACAAGCUGCUUCGCCUGCAGCUGCCCAACAUGAAGUAUGUCAAGGUGAAAGUCAACUUCUCGGAUAGGGUCUUCAAGGCGGUUUCUGACAUCUGCAAAACGUUCAACAUCAGGCAUCCGGAAGAGCUCUCCCUUUUGAGGAAACCCAGAGAUCCAUCAAAGAAAAAAAAGAAGAAGCUGGAUGAUCAGUGUGAGGAUGACGCCUUUGAGCUGGAGGGUCCGCUGAUCACGCCGGGGUCUGGCACUGAUAUUCUUUACAUCGGCCCCGUCAAAGGAAACAUAUAUUCAAGCCCAGGACUGUAUAGCAAAACGAUGACGCCGACAUACGACGCUCACGACGGCAGUCCCCUGUCACCCACUUCAGCCUGGUUUGGUGACAGUGCGUUGUCAGAGGGGAACCCGGGCAUCCUGGCUGUGAGCCAGCCCGUCACCUCCCCAGAGUCCUUAGCAAAAAUGUACAAGCCACAGGCGUUGCUAGAUAAAGCCAAAACCAACCAAGGAUGGCUGGAUUCGUCCCGAUCACUUAUGGAGCAGGAGGUGAAAGAAAAUGAGGCUUUGCUGCUCCGGUUCAAGUACUACAGCUUUUUUGACCUGAAUCCAAAGUACGACGCGAUCAGGAUCAACCAGCUGUACGAGCAGUCCAAAUGGGCUAUUCUGCUGGAGGAGAUUGAGUGCACAGAGGAAGAAAUGAUGAUGUUUGCGGCACUGCAGUAUCACAUCAAUAAGCUGUCUAUUAUGUCCUCUGAAAACCACCUGAACAACAGUGACAAGGAUGUGGAUGAGGUGGAUGCUGCCCUAUUGGAUCUGGAAAUUACUUUGGAGGGUGGCAAAACGUCAACGAUCCUGGGUGACAUCACUUCCAUCCCCGAGCUCGCCGACUACAUUAAAGUCUUCAAGCCCAAGAAGCUGACGUUGAAAGGCUACAAGCCAUAUUGGUGCACAUUCAAAGAUACCUCUAUCUCCUGCUAUAAAAGCAAAGAGGAAUCCAAUGGGACUCCUGCGCACCAGAUGAACCUGAGAGGAUGUGAAGUCACCCCUGAUGUGAACAUCUCUGGUCAGAAGUUUAACAUCAAACUUCUGAUUCCAGUGGCGGAGGGAAUGAAUGAAAUCUGGCUUCGCUGCGAUAAUGAGACGCAGUACGCCAGCUGGAUGGCUGCCUGCCGCCUGGCCUCCAAGGGCAAGACGAUGGCUGACAGCUCCUACGGCAUGGAAGUGCAGAACAUCCUCUCCUUCCUGAAAAUGCAGCAUUUGAACCCAGACCCGCAGCUGAUCCCAGAACAAAUCAACACCGACAUCAAUCCCGAGUGUCUGGUUUCUCCUCGCUACCUGAAGAAGUACAAGAACAAGCAGCCAGGCUAUGUAAGAGACUUGAUCACGGCACGCAUCCUGGAGGCCCAUCAGAACGUUGCCCAGAUGAGCCUCAUCGAGGCGAAGAUGCGGUUUAUUCAAGCCUGGCAGUCGCUGCCGGAGUUCGGCAUCACACAUUUCAUUGCAAGGUUCCAGGGGGGCAAGAAGGAGGAGCUGAUCGGCAUUGCCUACAACCGGCUGAUACGGAUGGACGCGAGCACGGGCGACGCCGUCAAAACCUGGCGGUUCAGCAACAUGAAGCAGUGGAACGUGAACUGGGAGAUUAAAAUGGUGACAGUGGAGUUUGCAGAUGACGUUCGGGUGUCCUUCAUUUGCACGGAGGUGGAUUGCAAAGUGGUUCACGAGUUCAUCGGCGGCUACAUCUUCUUGUCGACACGAGCGAAAGAUCAGAAUGAGAGCUUAGAUGAAGAGAUGUUCUACAAACUGACCAGUGGUUGGGUGUGAGUCCCAUGUACUGUACACCGAGAGGAAACCCCAUGGCCAUAUUAAUAUUUAACUUUAAAAAGCUGUUCUUUGAAAUAUGCUGCUUAAUAAAGUAAGCUUGAAAUGUAUCUUUUUUUUAUCAUGACAAUUUUUGCAUUACCAGACCAGUUAAUCUGUGUGCACUAAUGAGCACUUCUGUUAAUUUGCUGUAACAAGACCGCAUCUGGGCCAGGGAGAUCGUGCUACUGGCCUUGAGAUACAGAAUCUGAUGGGCAGAUCAGGAUAAGAUUUGACUGACUUAAAAUAGCCAAUUUUCUACGAGAACUCUAAGCCAUCUUCUUGUAAAGCCAUCCAGGGCUUAACCUAUAUGAAGUCUAUUUAUCAUGUUUAAUGCAUGAGUGUUUUCUUUUUCUUUGUGUUUUUUAUUCUGUACAUGUGACCUAUUUGGAAGUCGUCCCACCCGUAAGUAGAACUGCCAUCUCUCCUUUCACACUACAUGCACCAGGACUGCUGCAGGUGCCUGACAUGACUUUGAAGACAGUUGCGUGUGGCCUCGAAGAUGACCUUCUGUUAAUCUGUUAUAGCUUGGUUUUAUUUGUUAACUUGCCUUUUGAUAAUCAUUUAUAUUGUCUUAUUUUUUUUAAUUUUAUUUUAUUUUUACACCAUAUUGUGUUAUGACACUUUUAGUAUUCACCAGCAUAGUCACUGUUCUGCCUAUGAUAUGCAAACUUUUUCAUUACAAUAUGAAGUAAAGGUCUAUGAAGUACAGGUUUUGUGUAACUAAUGUAAAAAACACAAAUUUUAUAAAAUUGUACAGUUUUUUUAACUAGUCUCACAAGCCAGCUAGAAUACUGCAUAGAUUUGGAGUAUCAGCAUUAAGUCUAGUAUGUCUGUAAGGGGUAUGGGGAGUAACCAAGAAACAAAAGGAAACAAAAACCAAAACCCCACAAUUUUAGUCCAGCAAUUUUUUUAUCUAAGUUAAAUGGGAUUUCAGAGCUGCGCCACAACACCCUCAAUAACCCAUACCCAGGGCCAGGACCUCCCUGUUCGUUAAGCCAGCGCCGCAUUAACACUAACAGAGAGGGAUCUCCUGCCCCACUUAAUGCUGAGGAAUAACCAGUGUUGUGUUCCUGUAGUCUGUGGUUUCAGGACUAUAUACAAAUGCAUUUUAUUUUAAAUAAAAGUCAAAUCUUUUAUUUAAUAUUCA